UCGUGUGACAUCGAGGAUUUACGCACACAGCUGCAACUUUUCAUUAGUUUUUGACGUUCACUCAAGUAAAAAAUAACGAAAUUUGUGUACAAAACUUUAUUAAAGCUGUAACAAUAUUAUUUUAAAGUGUCUUCGAAUGAUUAAAAGGAAAAUAAAGUGUAAAAUUGUGUUCAGUGUUAGUUGUUUUGCUACAUAACUACAUAACCUGUGUUGAUUCUUGGAAUUGAACACUGCAAACGAGACGAGACCUUGAUAACUAGUUCCUCGGACAAGCGAGAGCGAAGAGACAGUUAUUAUUAUAACAUCAUUCACGCUGGAGGUACGUUUUUAGUUUACAGUAAGUGAAACAUAACGUGUGUUUCCAUCCGCGAAGUUAAUAGUGAGUUUCAGUGCGUUCAAAGUUCACACGGACACCUGCUGGAACCGGGAAGUGUUACAAAACUUGUUCAAAGUUAUGACGAUGUUAAAAUAAAUGUGCGUUUCGGGUUCGUGCGCGGAAGGUCCGCUCUGAGGCGUCCGUGGGGACGUAUUCUUAAUAAGUGUCAUGGACAUCGGCGGAGACGCCGGUCUACCGAUAGGUAUUGCAGAACAAAAUGACCCCAAUCAACCUAACGAAUUGAAUAUCAAUGAUGUUUUUGAGGCCAUAUCGCUCGCGGAUCCCACGUUCGGCGAGGGCCCUCCUCCUGUUGCCUUAGAGAACAUGGCGAGUCAAUCCGCGCCCCCGCGAGCACCAAGCGUGGUAAUAGUCGAGCAACCAGCCAGCAAAGCCCUCAGAUUCCGGUACAAAUGCGAGGGCCGGUCGGCGGGCUCGCUCCCGGGCGUGUCCAGUACUCCGGAGAACAAAACUUAUCCUACAAUCAAGAUAUGCUCUUACAAGGGACCGGCCACCAUAGUCGUGUCCUGCGUCAACAAGGAUCCCCCGUUUAAACCGCACCCGCACAACCUGGUGGGGCGGGAGCGCUGCGACCGCGGCGUGUGCUCGGUGCGCACCGACGUCACGGAGGACAACAACGAGUACCAGUUCAGGAACCUCGGGAUACAAUGCGUCAAGCGCAAGGACAUCGUCGCCGAGCUGCGCCUCCGGGAGGAGCUCAGGGUGGACCCCUUCAGGACGGGGUUCGACCACCGCUCGCACACGCAGAGCAUCGACCUCAACGCGGUGCGGCUCGCCUUCCAAGUGUUCGUGCCGGACGGCGCCGGGCGCAUGCGCCGGCCGCUGCCCGCCGUCGUGUCCGACAUCAUCUACGACAAGAAGGCCAUGAGCGACCUCCUCAUCAUGCGCUCCUCGCACUGCUCCGGCACCAUCCGCGGCGGCACGCAGGUCAUCCUGCUCUGCGAGAAGGUAUCGAAAGAAGACACGGCGGUGAUAUUCUACCAGGAGGUGAACGAGCAGAUAGUGUGGGAGGAGACCGUGACGCCGUCCUACGUGCACAAGCAGGUCGCCGUGGUGUUCAACACGCCGCCCUACCGCGACCCCCAGCGCGACGAGCACGUCACCGUACACUUCCAGCUGAAGAGGCUGACGGACGACGCGCGGAGCAACUCCUUCGCGUUCGAAUACAUCCCGGACUUCCGAGAUUCAAAUUACAUAUUGGGUAAAAAGCGGAAGACCAAAAUGCCAUUAAUGGCCGCGUAUGAGCAAGAAAGGACCUUCCAGGAGCAGAUGCCGAUCAAGGCGGAGCCCAGAGAGAAGUCGCCGCACCACGCCACGUCGCCCUACGGCGCGUACCCGCCCUACAGCGACCCGAAUUGGAUGGUUCCCGCGGAGCAGAUGCGAACGAUACCGGACCUCGCCGUACCGGCCGCCACCAACAUGGACACCUUCGCCGACAUGGCCUGGAGUAAUGUGCCGUAUGGACAGGGCCUCCAGCCGCUGCAGCCCGGCGCCAACGUCAUGCACUCCCCCCACUCCCUGUCCCCCAUGCACAGGGGGCAGUCCGUGUCCCCCAUGCAGGACCCCCAGUGCGGCUCCCCCAUGCACGGCGGCCCCUGCGUGUCCCCCAUGCACGGCGGCGCCUGCGUGUCCCCCAUGGUCGGCCCGAUGAUGCAAGUCGGGUCUACAUCGCCCAACAUGCAACACAACACUUAUAAUCACCUGCCCCAGGGCGCGGAGGCGGACGGCGCCGGGACCACGUUCUCCGCCCAGUUCCUUGACCGCGAGCCCAUACUCAACUCCAGCGAGUUCCGAUCCCUCCUUGGGGGGGACGGGAACAUGCUCUCUGCCGACCUCAACAAGCUCUCCACAAGCGACCUCCUGCUGUGAACCUCAACGUUGAGGCCGACAGUAGCGCCCCGGUGGGGGGCCUCGUAAGAUAUAAACUAUUUUUAAUUUGUAUGUGUAAUGUAGCUUAAGCUUAGUUAUGGACAUGUGAUAAAUGAGUUAUUGAUAAAGUGAAAUGAUUCUCGAAGGAUUCUGUUGAGAAACUGAUAAAUCUAUGCCCUGCCUUCAACACGACAGGAAUAUGUGUAGUUUGUAUCCACGCGAUGCACACAUACGUACAAACAGAAAUCGAGAAAGAUGAUCUUACGAUAACUGACAUUAUCAAUAAACCGACAGACCAACUAGGAUAAUACAAAUAAUUUAAAUAAACAUCACUUGUAAUAUAAUGAAAUAAAAAUAUUAAAUUCAAUCAAAAUAUCAACUCUGGCAACAGCAAACUUCUAAUGUUGCUAGUGGAAAAAAUAGCUCGAUCAUAAAAAAUUGUUUUUUUAAUGCGACGCUUCUUAAUCUGAAGCGAAGGGCGAAGGGACGUGGAGCGCGGCGCCGCAGAGGUUGAGAGCCGUCGUGCGCAGCCAGUGGCUGUCAACUUUAUGUAACGCACAAGAUACCUUCACGUUUGUUGGCUCUCGUCACAUGCGGACACUGCGCUGGCAUAACUCAAUAUAUCCACGAAACUGACACCGAUUCGAUCGAGUCCAGUGUGGUCAUGAUAACAUUGUCAAUGACAUUGUCGAUGGUUUUAUUUACGCCGCCCGCUUGCCACUCAACGCAAUCUGAUUUAUACGAAUAUUGAAUCUCGGAUUAUAAGUAAAAAAAUAAACCUUGCUCCAAAAAUAUUGGUACUUAAUUUUACAUAUCCAAUAUUGUUGGCGGGAGUUUCGACGGCUUUAAACAUUAUGAAAUAGUCCAAAUCUAAUCAAUACGGAAACUUUCAGAAUUUGCAAAAAAUUAACUAAAGCUAAAGUAAUAAUGCUGUGGACAACGAAUUUAGACAACUUGUUGUUUGGCAGACACUCCGCCUUCGGAAAUUAUAAUAAUAAUGUGUUCACAAAGUUAUUGAUACAAGUUUUUGUUACUGUAUGUUCUUUUUAACUGUAGCUAUAUGUACCGCCUUUCAAUAGAAGACCAAUAACUAAAAUAAAUUUAAACAAUCGUUUUUAGAGAUGUUAAUUAAAUUAAAACCAUUAAUUAUAUAUUUCAAUAUCAUUAAAUAUUUAUAAAAAAAUAAUAAAUUUUUAAAUGACUACAUAAAAUCAAUUGAUUCUUAACAUUGAACACUAAUCACAAAACGUGACCUCAUAUGUGGCUAAUGGGUGUGUAUUUGACGCCUGUAAGGAAGUUGCGCCCAAUCGAUCCUCUUUAGAACUGUACAGCUCUAUGAUAAAAUAAACUGAGUUAUUAUUUUUACUGUGGAACUCGUUUGUAGAUAUUUGCGUGUUAGAUACACGAUGACAUUGAACAAUUUAAUAUCCGCUUCAGAAUGCCCCCGGACAUUAAUAUGUUAGUGGCAAAAGUCUAGAAAAAAUUGCUUACAAUUAACUAAAUUGUCAGAAAUAAUAUUCGACCAUAAAAUAACGUCGUGUGUGCUAGUGCUGUGCCACACUACAUUGCAUAUUGAUAAUGAUACAAUAUUGUAUUCUUUAAAAAGUAUUGUAUUAUAAUAAAAGUCUACUGUUAUUAAAACUUUUGUUUGAGGGUAGUCGGCGAGAUUCACUUUGAACUAUACAAGUUACAAAUUUAACUUGAACAAGCUGCACAUAUUCAUGUCGAACUGUUUGUAUUUUCUUGUUGAAAAGCUAUGUAACGUCAUAAUAUGUUGAUUAUAGAGUACAAUGUUUACGCAGCUUCUUAUGAGCUUUUUAAAUAUUAAAUAUAAUCUCUAUUAUUUUUCAUAGCAAAGGCACUUUAUGCGUUAAAGGUUGUUAUAAUACUGCAUUUCGUUUUUUUUUUUGUAUAAAUUAAUUGAAUUCAUUAAUUUGAAUUAAAGAUCUGUAGGUCUGCGAGUGUGUAUCGUGUAACACAGUUUUUAUAUUAUGCAUUUAGUUGUAGAAGAUUAAAAAUUGAAGACAAUCUCUCAUUAGCGUGGCUAGAUGAACAUUCUCUUUCACGCCAUUUUUUAUUCUGGAAAUAUUAAGUUUUGUGCAAUACCAUUUCUACUAGAUUAGAAGUGACUAUUGGGAACUUUUAAUUAUGUUUUUUCAUUACGCGACAAACAUCAUCACAUUCUCAAAAAUGUUCGUAUUUAUAAUACGUAGUGUACGUCUAACGAUCGAAAUUUGACCUUAUUCACUGAUACCCCAAGACUUAGAUUCAUUUUGUGUACUACGUUUUUUUCUUUUGUUAGUGAGUAUAGAAACAUGCUUCCAAAAUUUUUAUUGAUAAUCUGUAUAAUUCGUCAAUAGUUUCUAAAGAAAAUCAAUCGACAAACAAACGUACGAAACUGUUUUAUUUAACCUUCUCAGAUAUAUUUAGAUAUAACAUCAUUCAAAAGCAGCAAAUCAAUAAAUAAUGAGCAAUGAAAUUUAUUGUUGAGUUCGUUAACGCGUGUGAUAAAACAGUAAUGAUUCGUAGAAUAAUAAAUAAUAUUAUCGAUAUUAUCAUCUCAACACUAGAACUAUAUUAAUUUUGAAUUUGUUACCAAAUAGAUUAUACUUUUUUGUAAAUAAAUAAAAAAUAAUGUAAAAUUUGUAUUUGAUGUGUGAUUUUUUAAUUAAUCAUGUGGUUUUUUUCUCGAUUAUAUUUUCGGUUAUUUAUUUCAGAUAAUUAAUUGUGUAAAAUGUUUAUAAAAUAGUUCAACUCAAGGUAAACAUCUUUUUAAAAUUUCGUUUGCUAUCUUUGUUGUUUCUAUUAUCACAAUUGCAGAGAUAAUGUGUCUAGUUAAGGUAGAGACAUACUGAGUGACGUCACUCAGUGUGCUCUCGGUCUAGUAUGAAAAUAAUGCAAAAUUACAUUUGUUUCAUUUUGCACACAUACAUUUUGUUCUCAGAGACUGACUGUCAAUUAGCUGUUAUAAAAAAAAUUAUCACAAGUUUUAGUGACACUGGACUGUGUCAUGGCGUCGAGUGAGUGCCCCGAUUGUCAAUGCGACAGUACACCAUCACCACUCUCCAUGACCUCUUGAUGCUGCUUCCAUCACUGUAGUUGUAUCUGACCCGUCCUACGGAGUUUCCUACUUGGGGAUCGUUACAACGAAAUUUGUUUUGUGCCUGGCAUGUGUGGUUUUUUUUUUUCAGAUCGUAAACAUCAUAUUUGUAGUCAGUAUUUCAAUUCUUAAACAGACUGGAAUUCCAAAACGCAUCGAAUAGUUCGAUAUGUGUAACAUUAUUUUUCUCAAAGGCGUACGUAACGCGGACUCACGAACUUUUUAAUUGGAGCUUUGACGAUCAAUGAACUUUAUUUAGGUACCGGCGUAGUGUUCUUGCACAGAAAGCCAGUAUUAUAUUUUGAUUGAGAUAUUCUCUAACGCGUCCAUUGAGUAGUCUUACUGGAUCCGCUCAAGUCCUUGUCUAAUAAAAAAAAACCUAGAGAAAAGGUGGAAAAAGUUGCGUAUCGACAUGUACUAGUACCCCUAUUAAGUAGACCUCAUGUACACCCGCCACGCCAUGGCUCGUCGCUUUCAAAAUUUGCGGUAAAGACUUGUUGCAUAAGUGGACCCGGUCUGUCUAACUAUAUUGAUCAAAUUAAUAUAAAAAUCUCGGUUUAACGCAUACGUUAAACCCAAUUUUUAAACGCAUAUAAAAUUAGAGUACAUAGUAUGAAGAAUAUUAAAAAAUAUGUAAUAAAAAUAUUUUAUUUUCUUCAAACAUUGGGCCUACACUAUUUUUUGGGUCGUCUUUUACAAAGAGAACAAAGUCUCAUAGUAUUUAAAUGUCAAGCUUUGAUCGAAGUAAUUACCUGAUUAUUUAUUUUAAUAGUCCAAUAAUUCGUUGUCGAUAUAGAUUGUCGUAGCUAUGGUGUCGUGUAAUAAAAGUGUCGUUAUAGAACAAACAUCACGGAAUAUCACAAUGAAAGAGUUAUUGUUUAAAUGGUGCAAUGAAACACACAGAGAAUUUAUAUUGUUGUCAUUUUAUAUAACUACUUUAAAAUAAAAUAUGAAAGUUA